CCAACCUAAGCUCCUCCCCAUCAACGACAACGACCCCCGCCCACCCGCGUCCACGAUGCCCGCCCUCGCCAACACAACCCGUGCCAUUGCACGCUCAUGGACCGCUCACCAGAUGCCCGUCGCUCGGGCGGCCGGCUGCACCGCUCUGCAGACCCGCAACGCCUCGGCUUCGUCGUUCGACAGCCCCUUCAAGGGCACCCAGGACUCGACCAAGAUUCCUUCGUUCGCCGCAUACAGGAAUAAGGGAGGCGAGACCGGCCCCAAGGUCUUCCAGUACUUCAUGGUCGGAACCAUGGGUGCGCUGAGUGCGCUUGGCGCGAAGGCGACUGUACAGGACUUCCUCGUCAACAUGUCCGCCUCUGCCGAUGUUUUGGCCCAGGCCAAGGUAGAAAUCGACCUCGCUGCCAUUCCCGAGGGCAAGAACGUCAUUAUCAAGUGGCGAGGCAAGCCCGUCUUUAUCCGACACCGCACCGAAUCCGAGAUCAAGGAGGCCGACGACACCAAGUGGCAGUCCCUCCGUGACCCUCAGCCCGACUCCGACCGUGUCCAGAAGCCUGAGUGGUUGAUCAUGUUGGGUGUCUGCACCCAUCUGGGAUGUGUGCCCAUUGGCGAGGCCGGUGACUUUGGAGGUUGGUUCUGCCCCUGCCACGGAUCCCACUACGAUAUCUCUGGCCGCAUAAGAAAGGGACCUGCCCCGCUCAACCUGGAGAUUCCCGCAUACGACUUCCCCGAGGAUGGCAAGGUUGUCAUUGGUUAAGCAGAGCAAUUUUUGGGUAGAGAUGGACGACGGUGAUGUCGACUUGUGUGUAUAGGAGCGAGCAUCAAUUUCCUACGGUUUGAUUCACAUAGAUUCGGCUUGUGUCCCUUGCAAUGUAACACCAGUUAGAGUCAA